AUGGCCAGCAACCAGAGCCUCUCAUUGUCCCUGUGGGCUGCUCUAGCCCUGACACUGGUCAUAGCUGCAUGUCCUGUAACAAGUACUAAUGUUGAGGCCAAGAAGAUGGUAGUGGGAAGUUGGCAGCCUAUUGACCCAAACGAUGAGGAGGUGAAGAAAGCGGUGGACUUUGCUGUCAAAACUUACAAUGAUUUGACCAAUGACCUGUACGUUAGCAAGCCAAUACAACUGAUGAGCGCCAGUCAGCAGGUCGUAGCUGGGAUGAACUACUACUUGAAAAUAAAGUUAGGACGAACCACAUGUGCCAAAGUCCAGUCUGUUGAUCUGGAUGAUUGCCCCUUCAAUGAACAGCCAGAUCAGCAGGAGGCAUUUGAAGGCCAGAAAACAGUAACACCUUGUGUAAAUGUGUUGAUCAACCAAGGAGAGUUCAGAAUUGAAGGAGAUGAUCUGUGGAGAAAUCUGGGAUCAGGGGAUAGCAUGGAGUUGUGA